AUGAUAUAUGAUUCAUUAGUAUUGAAUCAAGCGGAAAAAAGUUAUAGAAGAUCAAAGUUGGCUGACGCUCAACCGGCCACGCUCAACUGGCCCGUUCCGGUUUCUUCAAUGGGUGAAAAUGAUUUAAAACAACAAAUUGAUACUUUAAUUCGCAGUUAUCCCGAUUUUCCGUCUAAAGGAGUUCUUUUUAGAGAUGUACUCCCACUAUUCUCCAAACCUACACUUGUCCGUUCCCUUUGUUGCUAUGUUGCUAAUCGUUAUAGGGACAAAAUUGAUUUAGUAGCUGGAUUGGAAGCAAGGGGCUUUCUUUUUGGCCCUAUCAUUGCGUUGGAAUUGGGCAUUCCUUUUGUUCCAGUACGUAAACAAGGAAAGCUUCCCGGCCCCGUAAUUUCUGCAAGUUAUCAGAAAGAGUAUGGAAAGGAUGUUUUUGAAGUGCAACAAGAUGCGCUGUUAGCUGGGCAGCGAGUGUUGAUUGUGGACGAUUUGCUAGCCACUGGAGGGUCUCUACGUGCAGCAGAACAAUUGGUUAAACAAACAGGGGCAACAGUCUAUGCAAACUUUGUUGUAAUUGAAUUGGGGGAUUUAAAGGGACGGAAAGUGUUGGGCAGUGAAGUCGAUGCUUUUUUGACCUAUUAA